GUUUUUGUAGGUUUCGUUUUGUCAGGUUGACAAUUCAGUGGUUGUUUUGGUUGGUUUAGACAAUGUUCAAAUACUUUUUAUCCUUUUUUAAUUGAAAAAAUGUAUGUUAGAGUAAAACAUUAAAUUAAAACGAUAGGUUGACGUGACAAGCUGAUCACCGGAAAGGAAGAUUUUUGAAAUGAAGAUGAUGCUGCUGUCUGUAUUUUACUGAAGAAUGGAAAAUCAAGACCCAUCGUCAUGGAAACAACUGGCUGAACAGAAGGAGAGAGAGUGGAAGGAGAUAACCCAUCUACGAAUUACUGCCCUUGAAGCUGUAUGUGAAGAGAAAGAAAAGUUAUUGGCUGAAGAGCGAUCACGUUUCACACAAUUGAAAGAGGACUUUAAGUAUAACCUCAAACUGCUGAAUGAACGAGAUCAGGAGUUAGAACAGUAUGAUGUGAAAACAUCUGACUACCGAGCGCAUCUGAAUGUGAAGAAUGCCGAAGUGAGUGAGUUGAAGAUAAAGAUUGACGACUUGAACUCUGUGAUCCGCAGAGAGGUACAGAGUAGAGAGGAGCUCCAGAUACACUACCAGCAGCGACUCCGGGAGAAACAGGCCGAAAUCGACUCAUUCAAAUGCUCUAAGGACAGUGAGAUUGAGAAAGAACGGAAGGAAUUUGAGUUGUUCAAGCGAGACCUCCAACGUAGGAUUACAGAGGUGGAGGAUGAAAUUGAGAUACAGAAGCGAGAACUCUCAUCAGGAUUUGAUGAGGCGAUGAGAAAGAGAGAACAUGAGUUCAGAGUAAAACUCGAUGACAUGAGUGCCAAGGUUUUAGAAUAUGAGCUAAAAGCAAAGCUCCUGGCUAAAGAGCUGGAAAUGAUGAAGUCGGCCCAGCAGAAACACAGUAAAGAAUACAACAAAGUUGAGCACAGUCAGAGAGCGCUGGAGAAACUAGUCAAAGAGAAAGAGUGGGAGUUGGCUGAUACAACGUCCAUGAAAGACGCCAGGAUCAGUGAACUUGAAAACAAACUUCAGCAAACAGAAACAGUCAUGAAGAGAAUGCAGCAAGACUUUCAAAGAAAACAUGCAGAAAUUGACAGAGCUGUGAAAGAGAAGGAGGCAUCACUUGCCUCUCUGAAAGACGCGUACAGUGAGAGGGAGCAGACAUUGCAGAACUCGAUCAGGGAGCUGCAAUCACAGCUGGAAGACCGGCAGAUAGAGCUGAGACAACUACAGUGGACCAACGAGGACUUAGUCAAGAACAGAGACAUGCAGAUACACAAACUGAAAAAUGAAAUCUUGGAACUGAAAGAGAAGUGGGACAAGCACGUGGCGGAUAUUUCUCGGAGUCAGGUUUCUACCGAUGUUCAGCUGGAACAGUACAAAGAUAUCAACGGCAAACUGAAGGCCGACUUACAGCAGAAGAAACUAGAUAUUGAGAGGUACCAGAGAGAACUGGUGCAGGCAGCAGAGCGCGAAGCAGCGCUGGAACGUGGCAAAGUUCAGCUGGCGCUUGAUUGGCAGAACCGAUAUGAGGAUUGUGAGCGGUCACAGUAUGAGAAGUCGGAGGAACUCAUCAAACAGUUAACCCAGGCCAGAGAUGAGGCAUUAGCAACUUUGAAAGAGAAAGACCGUGAGCUGGAACAGCGUGAUAUGUACAUACGGGCACUUCAGAGAGACAAGAAUGUUGCCAUGGCAACCCUGAAGGAACAUAACAUUCCACUGGAUAAGAAUCUCAGUCUUUCUGCAGCUGAUAAGUAUGACAGCAACACAGACGAGUUGUUUGAACAGAAUCAGAAUCUACGUGAGGUCAUUCGACAGAUGCGUCAACAGAUGGAACUGCUUGGACAUGAGAUACCUUCAAAACUGGAUCUCAACACUAACAGAGAUCAAGAUUAUGUUUCUGCCAUGGAAAAGGAACUAAGAAAACUUAAAAAGAGAAAUAGACAGUUGGAAAGUCAGUUAGAGAUUGUGAAAAAACAUGGCCGACUUCUUCCAGAGCCUCAUUCUGAUAAUGAGGCUUUGAUAAAGGAGGUUCAGGACAGUGGAAUUAGAGAUUACAUCAAAUCACUUAAUGAUGCAAUAGGUUCACUACGAAGUGAAAAAGUGGAGCUUUCUGCCUUGGUGAAAAGACAACAGGUGCGAAUACAACACCUGGAGAGUACAGGAAACCAGUUAUCCAAACAGCCGAGAGAGAAGCAGAUAGAGAUCGACCAGCUCCAGUACGAAGUGAACGCUGCUGGUCGGCGUCACCAGGCAGAAUCAGCCAGUCUACGUCAACAGAUUUCCGACCUCGAACUUCAGCUGAUGGAAACACGCAAGGAGGCUGAUGAAUAUUAUCGUGCUAGCCUUGAGAGAAAUAUGGAGGUGACAGCCCUUAGAAAUGAGGUAUCAUCUUUGAAGGUAGAUUUGGCUGAAAAACGUCCUGCAGCCAACUUUGGUGCUCAGGAAUUGAUGAUUCAACAGCUGGAGGAUGAACUGUUACGAUUUCGCACCAAACCAACGUUGCUAGGCGACUGUGUCCCCACGGAGGUGAACCGAGGUCAAGGACUCACGACUAACGCCGCUAUCGAAGAGCUGCAGCACAAGUUGAGGAAUGCAGCCCGGCAGAUCGCACAGUUAGCCCGUGACAAGCAGCAGCUCAUCGAGAUGGGAAACAGACUCCGCGCACAGCUCAAGGAAGCAGGUGUCCCUCCCCAGGCUGGGCCUCCCAGAAUGGACAAACUGAGACCAAUGUUGCCAGAUUCAUCAAUUCAGAAAAGCACCCAACCUUUGUCUAAAGAAUUUCUUAACAAACUGAACCAGCUGGAGAAGUUACAGUAUCAGCUUACUAAACAGGAGCUCCAGUACGCACAGAGAUUCCCCGGUCAGUUUGAGAUGAAAGUGUCGGAAUCAACUGACAAACAAUUGCAGUCUCCACCACAGCAGUCUCCACCACAGACGUUUCCAAACGCAUCUCUUGAGAUCAGACCAGAAUAUACAAGUUUGCACUCAACUCAAAGGUCUAUGAAUGAGACAGAAAACUCGGAUGACGUUCCACUUGACAAUCCGGUGUGGUCUUCCCUGGGGGCCGAGUCACUGCAGGAAGUGUGGAAGAUGUUAGAUGAGAGGCCCAGUCCAAGUCUGGUUACACCCAGGACACCUCACAGAGGUAAUGGAGAGCUUUCACCAAGAGCAAAUAAAUCAGUAGAGCAGUCAAGAAGUUCUGCUGAAUGGUUGGUGUCAGGAACAAAGACUGAACUAGCUGCAAGAUCCAACCCAGAAAAGAGGUUUUCUCCCCGGACUGCCGGGAAAUACAUUAGAAAAGGCCCCGAUAGACUACAUGUGAGGAACUAUAAUGCACGAGAUGAUGCCUCGAUAAAGUGACAACAUUCUGAUUCCUAAAACAUUCCGUCCAAACCUAGCACAGUAAUACUGAGGUGACAUUCCAUUACAGAGACUAACGAAACCAGUAUUGAGUAAAUUGUCUAGUGAAGACGUACAGACUUGUAACAUAUGCUAUAUUGAAGUAAAUUAUUAUAAAUACGA